UGUUAGCCUGCUUAACAAGACGAAAUCCUGGCUGAAGGUGGAAUGGCAAUCACAGCAGCAGUAAUGAUUAUGGAGGUGUUGACCCUGGUUCUUGGCAGCCUGAGCCUUUUGCUGCUCGUUCUGUGCGCUGGAUUCGAUUGCUGGAAGCAAGAUGCCAAAGACCCCCUCUCUUCCGUGGGCCUGAGUGUCCGGUGCCGUGGACUGUGGAGCGAGUGUAUCUUUGACAACGUGGCCGACCUCUGGACCUGUGACAUCCCAAUUUCUUAUCUCAAUGAACAUCCAGCUGUUCUCGUGGUCACCCGGGUCUUGGUGAUUCUGUCUGGGCUUCUGUCUUUUUCUGCCAUGCCAGCUUUCGUUGCCGGGAUGAGUUGCACCAAGCUUUUCCCCGACACACACACACGGAAACGCACAUUUUCUCUCGCUGCUGGAACCACCUUUCUCCUGGGCGGGCUAUCGGGGGCCAUUGCUGUUCUCUGGUACGGCAUCGACACAGUCCAGAAGUAUAAGCUAGAGGUCGGCUUUGGCAUCCCGGGCGUGACGUACGAACUGGGCUACUCCUACUGGAUGGCAGCUGUGGGGGCGGCUUGCGCAGCAGCCAGCGGGUUCUUGUUACUUGCUGCUGAGUGCUUCCAGGCUCGUGUGCCAGGAAAGGAGCCCCACUCCACGCAUCCCCAGCUGGUGGCCAGAUGGCAGGCCACAUACCUGUGAAGGCAGAGCCCA